AAAAAAAUUCAGACAGAGCCCAAAGAGCUGCCCAUCUCACGCCAUCGUGCAAAGGCGAUGGGCUCGAAGCGCCACCUGGCAGAACCCGGCCGAAGACGCCUAAUUGUUAGACUGGUGCUGGGGCUGGCAUUGAUCUAUGGCCUGAGGCAGCACCUCAGCCUGCGCACCGUCGCACACGAACGACUGGUCGCAUUGCAGGCGAUGAGUAGCACCACAACACCGCUGCAAACACCAUCCACCAAGCAUUUGUUCGAGCCGCGCGCCGCCCAGCCUCCCAAAGGACCAUCAGCCGCGACGCGGCGCUUGAUAGUCGCGGAGACGGACACGCUCGUCGCACGUUCCAUGAAAGUAGCGUGGCCGCCAUCGCAAGUCUACGAUGGUGUCCUGUGGCGCCGGGCGCCGCGUUUAGCCCAGCCGCCUGUUGGGGUAGGAGAUCGCAAGGACCCGCGCGCGGCCGUGAGGCGCCUCGACGUCUCGCAGAUCGCCUUCCGGGCGUCGCGGAGACGCGUGCGCGACGCCGAGUUCUUCGGCAACGACCGGACGGCGGCGGCUUUUGUGACGAAAAGAUUGGCAGAGAUCAUCGACAGUGGUGGCGCGCGGAAGAGCUGUUUGCUAGGCGACGACCGGACGAGGCAAAUACAAACGUUGCAGAAGGCGUCUUCCCAGAGAGGCAAUUCAAGAAUCGCCAUAGGUGUGGUCUCGUACGAUCACUUGAGGGAUUUUCCGGGGCUCGACAGCCUGAAGGCAAUCUCAUUAUCAGCAGCAAGGGACGGGGGCUUCCCCGAGGGCUUAUUUGCGUUCGCUUCCGUAGAUGCGGCGACGCAAGCCGCGUUAUGUGCGGUCGGAUUGCCCUCGAUAGCAACUUCUGAUAAAGUCAACGACGAGGGACUGGCCAUCAUCACAAGAGCAUUUAGGGACGCGUCGUUACGAUCCGCCGCGAGGAAUGGACGGAGGUUACGAUCCGCCGACUUGACGGACGCCGACGCCUUCGAAGCUUUGUUGGAAGGUUCUACCCUGGAGGAAGUUCCCGAGGCCGAGACGGACGACAUAAGUGAAGUCAAAACGGUAGAAGUGGCGAAGCCGUCCCUGGUGACGGGAGCGCCGCUCGAUGCAGACGCCAAGUCUCAACACAGCGCGCGGUUCCAGGCGUGCGCGGAUUUAGCGUUCGCUGGCGUCGACUGCGUGGCAUUUGAUGCUUCGAGUGUCUACUUCGCACCGUCUAUUGACGGCAAUUCCGCCCGCGAGGCUUUGCAGGGGGCGGUCGCGAGGAAGCCACCUAGGAAGCCGGCAAACCCCGAGAUCCUGCACGCCGUUUUUCAGGAUGAAAUCAGAAAACCUUGUUUACCCUUUGUCGUCUCAAAGGCCACAAACUCCACGGCCUGGGCCCUGCAUCGGUUGGCCGGGUUGGCUCGCAUCGCCCCCACGCGGGAGCAUCUCCAAAGAGCCGUCGCCGCGACGCUAGGGCUUGGUUCUUCAGACAGGGGACGAUUGGAGGGUGAUGAAGUGGUGUGUGGCGCUAGGCCCCACUUCGGCGGCGUAAAUGUUCAGUCGGAGAGACUCGCGGCCGUCGUACUAAAUGAAGUACCAUCUAAGGACGAGCCGGGCUCGCUGAAACGGAUGAGGAUGGCCAUGGGCCGGCGUUUAUUGGCGUUGGAGCUUGGAUUGAUUACACCUACACAAGUGCCGGACGAGGGCUCGUUAUCUGUCGACGCCGGGGCGGGGCGGGCUUCUACGGUUGUGGUUGAUGCUCAAUGUACUCUGAAGGCAGUUAGAUUAAUCAUAGCACAUGCAAUCGCUGCAUGCCUGGAGACGAACCGCCAACUGCAACUACCUUCUCUCGUAAUAGGGGAAAGGCGCUUCUUCCUCUGGAGUUAUCUCGAUCUCAAGAGUGCGGAAGAUCUAGGGUUGAAAUGGCGGCCGACGCAAUCACUGAACGGAGGAGGCAACGCCUCCGUAAUCUCGGUAGAUGAAAAAACAUUGCGCCUCGCGACGGACGAUGUGCGAGAUCAGCCCGUCGUGGCGUUCGCGCUACCUCCGAAAUCUACGGCGGGUCGCGCGGCGCUCGACCUCGUGCAGUUGCAUCGGCCUCAUACUCUACGCCUGCACUUGCCUUUCUUGUCGCAGCCGCGUCUAGUGAAGAAGCACGCAGACCAAUUGGCGCGCGCGGUCCUCGCGGAAUUAAGGUGGUGCCCGGCGCAUCUGCGGGCCGAGCACGACGCGCGCGUGGCGACGGCCGCGGCGUCGUGCUGGGGGCGGGGCGUGGCCGUUUCGGCCUGAUCCGAUCUCCCGUCCGCCGCCGCGGCGUCGCCGCGGGUAGUUUAAAUGUAUGUUAUGA